GCGCCCUAGAGGCUGGCAGGACCCUGACCCCAAGAUGGCGGCGCCCAGUGAAGUGGACGCGGCUUCCUCGGGCGAAGGCGAUGGCGGGGGCAGCGGCUUUGGAUCGUGGCUGGACGGACGGUUGGAGGCGCUGGGAGUGGACCGAGCCGUUUACGGCUCCUACAUCCUGGGUAUUCUGCAGGAGGAGGAGGAAGAAGAGAAGCUGGACGCUCUGCAGAGUAUCCUCUCUGCUUUCCUGGAAGAAGAUUCCCUCCUUAACAUCUGCAAGGAGAUUGUGGAACGAUGGACAGAGACUCAAAAUGUUGUUACCAAAGUGAAAAAAGAAGAUGAGGUACAGGCCAUUGCCACUUUAAUUGAGAAACAGGCACAGAUUGUGGUGAAGCCCAAGAUGGUGUCAGAAGAGGAGAAGCAGAGAAAAGCUGCCCUCCUGGCCCAGUAUGCUGACGUGACAGAUGAAGAGGAUGAAGCAGAUGAGAAGGAUGAUUCAGGGGCCACCACGCUGAACAUUGGUUCUCACAAGUCUCUGUUCCGAAACACCAAUGUGGAAGAUGUCCUCAAUGCCCGAAAGCUGGAGCGAGACUCGCUUCGGGAUGAGUCCCAAAGGAAGAAGGAACAGGACAAGCUGCAGAGGGAGAAGGACAAACUAGCCAAGCAGGAGCGCAAGGAAAAGGAAAAGAAAAGGACACAAAGAGGGGAGCGAAAGCGAUAACCUCAGUCUACUCUAUCCUUUCUCCUCAUGAACUGAUCAAAGGGAGAGCUGGUUGUGCACAUGCGUUAUUUAAGAGAAAUGAGAGAACAUUGCAGAGUGAUUUCCCGAGGCAUUUACACUUUUGUUUACAUGGUCAAAAGGAAAAUGACAAACACUUCUAAUUACAAACUGUGCCAUGUCUCUUGUGGUGUGGGUAAUCAGGUUAUUGUUGAUGCCUGUUCCCAAAGAUCUGGAAUAGGGGCAACCUUUAUAUUUUAGUACUGAAAUCCUGUGCAACUUUUGGCCACUUUCAAGUCUUUCCUCACCUUGGAUAAAUAGCAGGAAUAUUCAGAAAGCUAAGUUACAGUUUCUAUCCUAAAGGAGCAGAAUCAUGACCACUCCUUCCCUGAAAUGAAAUGUGGGAGUGUAAAUUGCUUCAGAAGUAAUAUUCACCCCUAAAUGUGUUAUUUUACAGCUGAAAUAGAAAGCUAACGGAGAGCCCUACCUGGAUCCAGAUUUUAUGUUACAUGGCAAUAAACUAAGAAAAUGAGAAGAAAUUAUUUUGAUGGAAGUUCUAGAUUUGAGAAAAAAAAAUUGUUUUUUUGAAGUUCAGCUUAUGGGAGGAAAAGAAGUAUCUUUUUAAGUGGAAAUAGUUACAUUUUUCCUCAUCUAGGUUGUGAGUUUAAGGAUGUGUGUCAGUAUUGUGUGCAAGGAUAUCAUUGUUAGCUAGAUUCAUUUUUUGUAAUCAUGAAUCCUCGAUUGUUAGUGGAGAUUUUAAUGCUGGUUGGCCCUAAACCAUAUGAGUAUAAAGACCUGAUAAUUACAGGUUUAGAGAAACUAGAGGAACCAACCUUUUAAGGAAGAAACACUGGAAAUCUCUGCUAACACAAAGAUAUUUGAGUGUAUAUAGUAGGUGCUCAACAAUAUAAUUGACUAAGUGAAUGGGAAAAUUGCUUGGGAGAGUCAAAAGUGAGCAGGAAUUCUCCAUUUCUACUUCCUGUCACAUUCAAUUUUAAAUAAGGCCUUUCUGUACUUUAGGCAACAGUCUUUCAAGAAGCCUACAGAGAGCAAUUUCUCUGACAAAAUAGACACUUUAUAACCAGGGGUCAGCAAAUUACUGCCUGCAAGUCACAUUUGGCUCAGUCUGUUUUUGUAUGGUGCGAGCUAACUAUGGAUUUUACAUUUUUAAAGGGUUGUGAAAGAAAGAAUAUGACAGAGACCUUAUGUUGCUUAUAAAGCCUGAAAUAUUUACUAUCUGGCCCUUCAGAGAAAAAGCUUGCCGACCUCUGUUUUAUACCAUUAGAGAUUUUACCUUUGUGCAGAAGGUAAAAAGAAGCAUGGUUAAGGAAAAGAUGUGUUACCUCUAUCAGCACUCCUAUAACCGUGGCAUUGCAAAAAAAUUUUUAAAACCACCUUUUUAAAAAAUA